GGUAAGAAGAGGAGGAGACGUCGGGGGAAGAGACAAUCGGAGCACGUACCACCGUCCAUGUGUGAUGUAUUUGCGGCUGGCAUCAAAGAGAAUCCAGCAGCACCUUAUCGUCUCUCUGUUUUCCAUUUUGACUGGCUUCAUCAGUUGUUUUUUUUUUUCCUUUUCUACUAAAUUAUUGAAAAGGAAAUAAAAAGCCAACAUUUUACACAAAUCAUUUGACCUUUAACUGGUUAUUGUACACGGAUAUUUUUUUAAAAAGUACAUUCCACCACUUUCGUCAGUGAAUUUUUACAACGAUCGUCACCUGUGUGGACCCAAUCCAUCGAAAUUCGAGUUUAUUGCCGGAUUGAUUGGACAAAAGUAAAAAAAAAUACUAAAGAAAGGCCACGUUUGCGGAUGCUGCAGCAAGGCACCCGUAGAGUCAUGGAGACGGCUGAUUUUGGAGGAUUUCAGCCAUCUGUGAUGACUUUGUGUCUGCCCAGUCAGUAUCAUCAUCACAAUCAUCAUCAUCAUUUGAGUGGUCACGGCAGUGCGACAGGAGGAUCCGAUUCAUUCCGUCCGUACGGUGGCAAUCCGUCGUCUUCGGCGACGGCUGCCGUGGCCGCUGCAGCCGACCUCAGCCUCUUCUCACCGAUGAGCGACAGUCUGAAACCGGCUCAUCAUGGCCACUACGGCGGAGGAGGGGCCGGCGGCAGUCAGCCAUCGCACAAGCUGAUGUCAAUCAUUCAAAAGAGUCAAGCCGGAUUGAAUAGCGAAGUGGAAAGAAUCUCUUCAUCUUCGAGUCUGACCAAUGUCGUCGGCUCGAAUUUAAACAAGUUGAGACAGUCGGCAGUUCCCCCAACUUCUUCGUCCGCAACCGCCUUGUCUCCGAGCCGGACAGUUUGUUCCUCUUCCUCAGCUUCAAUUUCGCAUCAUUUCAAUCUGGUUGUUGGCGGCAAAGAAGUCGGCACCGGAGGAAUGCAUUCGUCUCUAUCACCGUGGUUUAUCCAGCAACAGCAACAACAACAGCAACCGAUCGGCAGCAACAAGAAGAGGCGCCAGUUGUCCGAAUCCGCUUCAGGUAGCGACGAUGACCACUACCAUCCGGAUGAUAGCGGUCUGUUACUGGAACACCACAGCCUGUCAGAGGGGGAGACAUCCGGUGGAGGUGGCGGAAGGAUAGGUCCAUCACAUCAUCACCAAACUGUUAUGGGCUUAACCGGUUCUGCUGGACACUUAGGAUCCGCAAUGCCAGUAAGCGGAAACACUGGACUUGUGCCGAACAACUCCGUCGGCGGAUCGUCGAGGAAAAAUCGACAAGGCAAAGCUGUCCGGCUAAGCAUCAACGCCCGCGAACGAAGACGGAUGCACGACUUGAACGAUGCACUGGAUGAAUUGCGAAGCGUCAUCCCGUACGCUCACUCUCCAUCGGUGCGCAAAUUAUCUAAAAUUGCGACGUUGCUGCUGGCCAAAAAUUACAUCAUGAUGCAAGCGAACGCCCUCGACGAACUGAGGAGGGUCGUCACGUACAUGAACCAAACGACGGGACUAUCCAUCCCGGCUUCCGUCGCAUCCAUGAUGACCAAUCCGCCUGGAAGUAACAUGCAAUCGAGUGGCAACCGUAGUCCCGUCGGUCCUACUCCGACGGCGAGCGCUGCGACCAAUGGGCAAACAUCACCACCAUUAUUGCCGUCUGCGGAUUCUGUUUGUUUAAGCGGAAUGCUGGCCGCGGAAUCGAGCAACGGCAGCAGCAGUAACAGCGGCAGUUUCGCUAUCUCCGGGCUACUCAAUAAAUCAUCGCCCGCGCCAUCCGCAUCAGCAGGCAAGGCCAUCACUACCAACAAUGGUCAAUAACCCUUUCACAAACUAUUAAACAUUUAGAAUCUCUUCAACCGACAAAAGAAAACGAGAAAACA